UUGUAUCUUUCUGUGCUCUUUUUCAUCACAUGUGUAUCGUUGAGAUUAUUGAGUCAUGAGCGUGAGCAGCCACAAAAGUCCGUGCUUAUAUAUGUAACUACAAAUUGUGGUUCUAAGGAUUGUGACGUCACGAUAUUGACAAUACGUUAUUUACAGAUGUUUGUCUGCCUUUGUCGGUGAGUGGGAACUGUGUCAUAGUGUGCCGGUGAAGGGCGAGUUCGCGACGAAGGGGUGGGCCUCCGCGAGGAUGGGCGGCGAUGUCUGCCCCCUCCGAAAGCGCUACCAGCCCUUCACCAUGUGCGUGUACUAACAUAUCGCUUAUGCAAUUGUUUCAUGAGCUAAAACAGAAGUUUCCCGGUGUUCCUGAUCAUGUUGUGUCAAAUACGAUUGAGCUCUACUGCCACGACAAACAAGCUUGUGAAACUCACCUCCACAGCGAAGCCAAGGCCUCCCUAACACAUGCCUACCAUGCAUCAUCUUCGGCAGCCGCACGUCAGCUUAACGAGCUCAAACUCAACCCACCCGGCAAGUGUCGCAAUCAGCCCAUAGUCAAGCACGAGGCUGCCAAGUCCACCGCUGUCAAAUCAGUCACUUGCCAAAGCCCACAGACUGCUGUACUAAGCAUAGAUACUGUCACAAAUGAAAAUAAGAAAAUACUAAAUACAGAUGACAACCAGAAUGUUCUUGAAACAAACAAAAAUGGGUGUGAGAGGAAAAAUAAUACGUCUCCAGUCACGGUUAUAAACAUUGACAAUUGUUUUGCAAAAUACAGUGCGGAAUCACCAAGUGAUUUGGAAUUGACUAAUGACAAUACAAAUAAUGAAAAAGUGGGUACUGUUGAUGGAAAUACACCUGAGCUUUUAGAGAGCACAAAUUAUAGAAUAUUGAAGAGUAAUAAAAUAAAAUGCAAUUUACCUGAGAGAUUAGAGAAAGGAAAAAACAAGAAAACUAUAAAGAAAGAGGAACCCUUACUCAAAGAGGAGAAAGAAGUUCUACCAGAGAAACCCGAACGGCCAAAAACACUAAACUUCAUAAAACCCAAUCCAGAUCUUGCAUUUAAAUCAACACUAAAAGAACUUGAGGUUGAACAGUCCAAUACUGUUUCUCCAGUAUCAUCACAAAAGCAUGAGAUCCCUCCAACCAAAGAGAAGACUGCCCAGUAUCGACCUGAGCGUGGUUACCCUCUGAAUUUGUCUGUUAAUGUCAAUUGUCACAUGGACUAUAGCCACGGAUAUGAUCCAUGGCUAGAAAACUAUGAUAGUCCUAGAGCAAUAACAUCAGUUAAUUUAACAGUUUGUACACCUACAUCAAAUAUGGCGAGCCCAGUAAGGGAGUCUCGUGACGAUGACAGUGGUUUUGAAGGGCAUGUGACGGUGACCGUCAGUCCGAGUACAACGCGGCCGGUAAGUCGACCUGCGCCUCCGCCUCCUAAUAGAAAUGCGAGUCUGAUGUCUCCAAGACCAUCUAGACCUGCUCCAGAGCCACCAGGAACAAAUCAAGGACGUUCCCUAAUAGAGCGGCAGAAAGAGCGACUGGGUCGACUAGCGGCAGCACUGGCGCAGGAAAAAGCCCGUCUAGCAUCACUUAACCGAGAGACGAAAAUUUUGGCCGCACCGCCACCCCCACACCACCACGCGCAGAGGUUAAGGGCUUACGUCACUGGACUACGAGAUGAAUGCGACACACUUUCUAAACGACUCGAACUCUCUAAUG